AUGUCGCCGAAGGCUAUAGAUAAAAAGAGAAAGCAUGAUCAUCAUCACAAACAUCACCAUGAUGAGUCUUCCAGCGAACCAAUAACUAAAAAAAUUAGAACAGACAGUCAUCACCACAAACACCAUCAUAAACAUCAUAAGCACGAUAAAGAAUCCGAGAACCACACAGAUUCAAAAUUGAAAACCGAUUCAGAUAAGCUUACAGAUAUAAGUAAGGAGGAUACUGACAAAUUUUUCAAGGAGAAUGACGUUAGUAUAGAGAAUCCUCAAAAGGAAAACUUGAACCCAUUUCUCACAAUGGCUUCUUUGAAGAACUCUGGCUUGGACCGCCGAAUUGAAAAGGUUCUUGAACAAUUUGAAAAGCCUACACCAAUUCAGGCUGCUUCAUGGCCGUACCUAUUUAAGGCAAACGACGUGAUUGGUGUUGCAGAGACAGGAUCUGGUAAGACACUUGGAUUUGGUGUGCCCGCUGUUGAUCACGUGAUUAAGUCUGGUAGUCGGGAUCUAAAGGUCCUUAUUGUUUCUCCCACCAGGGAGUUGGCAACACAGACAUACGAGAAUAUGGAAGAAUUGACUAAUGCCGUCGGUCUUCAUUGUGUUUGCAUCUAUGGAGGUGUGCCAAAAGAAGAGCAACGUAGAGAAGUUAGAAGAUCACAAUGUGUCAUCGCCACACCCGGACGUCUUCUAGAUCUCAUUCAAGAAGGCUCUGUUGAUCUCUCAAACGUGGAUUACUUGAUUCUAGAUGAGGCAGAUCGUAUGUUGGAGAAAGGUUUUGAGGAGGAUAUUAAGAGUAUUGUUGGACAAACAAGAUCCGACAGGCAAACACUUAUGUUCACGGCAACAUGGCCGAAAGAGGUCCGUGAACUCGCAUCGACAUUCAUGAACAAGCCGGUCAAAAUUUCCAUUGGAGAUACUGAUGAAUUGACGGCAAACAAGCACAUUAAGCAGAUUGUUGAGGUGAUAGAGCCAAUGGAGAAAAGAGGUAAACUAUUAGAGCUUCUUGAGAAGUAUUUGUCUGGAAGCAAGAGGCAUGAUCGUAUUUUGAUCUUUGCACUAUAUAAAAAGGAGGCUGCUCGUGUGGAGAGAGAUCUGAGAUAUCAUGGUUAUGAUGUAGCAGCGUUACACGGUGACUUGAGUCAGGCUCAACGUACAGAAGCUUUAGAGAAUUUCAAGAGUGGUCGUUGCAACUUGAUGUUAGCUACAGAUGUGGCUGCACGUGGCUUAGACAUCCCAAAUGUCAAGGUGGUCAUAAACUUGACCUUCCCUCUUACGGCUGAAGAUUACGUUCAUAGGAUCGGAAGGACUGGUAGAGCUGGACAUUCAGGAAUUGCGCAUACACUCUUCACAAAAGAAGAAAAGCAUCUCGCAGGUGCUUUAAUGAAUGUUCUCAGGGCUGCUGAUCAGCCUGUUCCGGAAGACCUUUUGAAAUUUGGAUCUUACACGAAGAAGAAAACUCACAGUGCUUAUGGUGCAUUUUACAAAGACGUUGAUAUGAGCAAGAAAGGAAAGAAAAUUAUGUUUAAUUGA